AUGGGGGCCGGGGCCAGUGCCGAGGAGAAGCAUUCCCGUGAGCUCGAGAAGAAGCUGAAGGAAGAUGCUGAGAAGGAUGCGAGGACCGUCAAGCUGUUGCUGCUAGGAGCAGGAGAGUCGGGGAAGAGCACCAUUGUCAAGCAGAUGAAAAUUAUCCACCAGGAUGGUUACUCGCUGGAGGAGUGCCUGGAGUUCAUCGCCAUCAUCUACAGCAACACACUCCAGUCCAUGCUGGCUAUCGUGCGGGCCAUGUCCACUCUCAACAUCCAGUACGGUGACUCGGCCCGCCAGGUGAGGGUCACCCGGUACUGGGCAUGGGGGGGCUGGGCCAGGCCAGGUGUCCUGGGUACACUGCUGGGUGCUGCAGGGUCUGAGGAGGGGGAGGGUGUAGACCCCAGCGGUGCAUGCCUCAUGCCUGCUGUGUGCCUGGCCAGCUACCUGUCGGACCUGGAGCGCCUGGUGACCCCUGGCUAUGUCCCCACGGAGCAGGAUGUACUGCGCUCCCGUGUCAAAACCACAGGCAUUAUCGAGACGCAAUUCUCCUUCAAAGACCUCAACUUCAGGAUGUUUGAUGUGGGCGGCCAGCGCUCAGAGCGGAAGAAGUGGAUCCACUGCUUUGAGGGGGUAACCUGCAUCAUCUUCAUUGCAGCCCUCAGCGCCUACGACAUGGUCCUGGUGGAGGACGAUGAAGUGAACCGCAUGCAUGAGAGCCUACACCUCUUCAACAGCAUCUGUAACCACCGCUACUUUGCCACGACCUCCAUUGUUCUCUUCCUCAACAAGAAGGAUGUCUUCCUGGAGAAGAUCAAGAAGGCCCAUCUCAGCAUCUGCUUCCCUGACUAUGAUGGCCCCAACACCUAUGAGGACGCAGGCAACUACAUCAAGCUGCAGUUCCUGGAGCUGAACAUGAGGCGGGACGUGAAGGAGAUCUACUCCCACAUGACCUGCGCCACUGAUACAGAGAACGUUAAGUUCGUCUUCGACGCUGUCACCGACAUCAUUAUCAAGGAGAACCUCAAGGACUGCGGGCUCUUCUGA